AUGCUUCUGUUCUUAACAAAUAUUGGCGAUGUUAUGGCAAAAAUUUUUCGCUUUCUUUAUGCAAAGUCAAUACAGUUCAAAUAUCGUCUAAUUUUAUGGCAUAAACGUCGAAAAGCGGCAAGAAUUCGUCGAGCAAAUUCAUUGGUUGCCAGACUUGCAAGGAAUGUAAAAGGCGAUAAUUCAUUGGAGUCUUUCGGUAUCAUUCCUGAUGUACAAGAUCUGCUGACAGCUCGUGCCGCACUUGACCAAAUGGAGCAGGAUAUUCAAUUUCAGGUCAAAGAAACAAUUGAAGCUGAACUGCAACACGUGUCUGUACCAUUAAGUUCUGUAUUUCUUACAAUGUUGGCAUAUUUGAUCACAGGUUCUGUGUUAUUUUGUCUUUGGGAAGGCUGGACCUUCUUAGACAGUUUUUAUUUCUGCUAUAUAUCGCUGACCACAAUCGGGUUUGGUGACAAAUUUCCUGGUGCCUCAGUGGGUAGCGAUGAAGAUGCACAAGAAAAACUAGUGAUUACUUCUGUGUAUCUUCUGUUUGGUAUGGCACUACUUGCAAUGUGCUUUAAUCUUGCUCAGGAAGAGGUAGUCAACAAAGUAAGUUGGCUUGCCAAUAAAUUCCGGUCACGUGAUGAAGAUGAAUUUAUGAUCGAAGGUACCUAAAU